AUGCACCUCCAGGGCUCCCAGCACACAAGCUCGUCGGGCUCUGGUCAAACAUCAAGCUCCCAGUCAGGUCAAUGCCACCAGAAUGAGCCCCGUACGCCAUAUUGUCCACGAUAUCAACAAUCCACCAACCCGACCUCUUGUGAAAGCAGCAAUGUGGCCUUGAACAACAUGUUCAGUCGGAUGACUAUCCAAAACUCUCGUUCCAAGUUCAGUGGCUCGAAGAACACUGCUCCUGCUCAAUUAAACACGAGCAUGGACUGGUCGAAUGCCAAUCGUGCCUACAACAGUCCUUUCAUCCUGCUUCCCAACUCGACCGUCUUCAAUGGCGUUCCGACCGUGUCAUCGUUUGUUCCCAACACUUUGUCGGGUCAAAAUGACUCAAUGGGCCAGUUCUCGUACCUUCCAACUGGUAUCUAUCCAAAUGUCGGCCCCGUGAUGGCUGGUGCCUAUCCUUCAUGGCCUUACAUGAUGAGCUAUGAUCUUCAAGAUGGAAAGAAUGCCAAGCAAGGUACUUGGAACAUGGCCGACGCUCAAAACGGAGCCCAAACAGAGAACGCAGGCCAGUUACAAUACUGCUAUCCUUCCGCUUACAUGUCUUCCGUUGAUAGUGGCUCUAUGUCCUCGAUUGGCAGCUACUCAUAUGGAACAAUGUCUCCCCAGUUUGGGUCACUUUCACUCCCGCUCCAAAUGAUGAAGACACCUAAUGGAUAUGCGGUUCAAGACCUGGAGGCCAUCACCCAGCAAGAUCCCGCCAUCCCACGUGCAGUGCCUGCUAUGUGGACCAAUCCCUCUGAAUUGACUCUUGCCAAGUGCUUGGAGAACCGCGAGGGGAUUACGAACGUCUACAUUCGAGGUUUCCUGCCAGAGACGACUGAUGAGAUGCUACAUGCAUACGCUGCGCGGUUCGGAAAAAUCGAACGCUGCAAGGCGAUAGUGGACCUGGAUACCAGCCUUUGCAAAGGUUUCGGGUUCGUCCAGUAUUACAGCUUUGAGUCCUGCGAAAACUGUAUCCGGGGUUUCUUCUACCUUGGCUACCAGGCUAGCUUCGCUCAAAAGUCUCGCAACUCUCGUCUGAAGGAUCUCGAAGACAGGUCUUCUACAAACAUAUAUUGCACUAACAUCCCAAUGGAAUGGACCGAGGCUGACCUUCGCAAUCACUUCGAACCAUGGCGCGUUGUAUCGGAAAAGAUCAGCCGGGAUGAGAAAACGGGUGUAAGCAAGGAAGUGGGCUUCGCAAGGUUUGAAAAUCGCGAAAUUGCCGAGAAGGUUCUGACCGAGUUUCACAACGUCACCACGGAGGAUGGGGUUAAGUUGCUUUUGCGCUUUGCCGAUACCAAAGCUCAGAAGAUCUUGAAGCAGCAGAGCAAUGAGCGUCGGGCUUAUCGCGCGGGGGAGUACAACUACUCAGUCGAGGUGGUGCAAGGGUCCACUCCUUCUCCUUCGAUGCGACGUACCUCACACCUCACUCCAAACUCCCAAGUCAGCUAUGCAUCCCCAGUUGGAGCUGGCUCAGACUGGACCCCAGCCACUACAAUCUCCCCAUGUCAUCCGCAUCUGAAGAAGGCGUCAAGCAGUGCACGGGAUAGUUCGUUAUCGUCACGGAGCCUCAACGCGCUUGACAUUCCCUCUCGUCAUCGCGGUCGAGCACGUUCUUUGGACCGUCGCUCUUACACUGAUCUCUCUGGUGGUUCAUCCAAGACCGUCAUUCCAGGGACACCUAUCGAAGCUUGCUCCCACGCUUCGACCCCUCGAAAGGAGAACAUGCGAGCGCGCUCUGCCUCUGCAGAUUCGUCCCCCAUGAUCAUUCUCUCCCCUAUCCGGUCGUGCGCUUAG